GAACAGUUGUCGGUACGUGGGACUUGCCAGGCACAGGGUGUAGUCCGCGUCUUUCACCUGGGAUAAGGCAAGGCAGCCAAGUGUUUGUCCAGAGUUCAGUCAGGUGUCUUUGUUGCUUUAGCGUCACUUUUUGAACGUCAAAUUCUGCACUUAGUUGAGCUGCUGUUGAGUUUUGCAAAGUAACAGUCCAAAAACGCACAGCGAUGUUUGAGACCAGUCAAGAUGACCUGUUUCUGUUCCCCACUGAAGGCCAGAAUGAGGCUUUCUUCCCUGAGGCAGAGGGUUUAGGGAGUGGGAGCCUGUCCCUUGCUGAGGCCUUGCUUCCCUUGGUUGAGUCUCCAUCACCCCCAAUGACCCCCUGGCUCUGCUCCACCCGCUACAAGACAGAACUGUGCAGCCGCUAUGCUGAGACGGGUACCUGCAAGUAUGCCGAACGCUGCCAGUUUGCCCACGGCCUCCACGAUCUCCAUGUACCCUCCCGCCAUCCCAAGUAUAAAACCGAGCUGUGUCGUACCUACCACACCGCCGGCUACUGCGUUUAUGGCACCCGUUGUCUGUUUGUGCACAACCUUAAAGAGCAGAGGUCCGUCCGUCCUCGGCGCAGGAAUGUACCGUGCCGUACCUAUCGUGCGUUUGGAGUUUGCCCUUUUGGCACCAGGUGCCACUUCCUGCAUGUCGAGGGUGGCUCUGAAUCAGACGGUGGGGAGGAAGAGAGAACCUGGCAGCCUCCGUCACAAUCCCAAGAGUGGAAGCCUCGCGGCGCCCUCUGUCGCACCUUUAGUGCUUUUGGUUUCUGUCUCUAUGGCACCCGUUGCCGGUUCCAUCAUGGGCUUCCUAAUACAAUCAAAGGUCUCAACUUGAACCACACAUCCUGGCCUCCUCAGAUGACCAACACGGGAUCUCUUUCGCCCGACUCCGAAAUGUGUUCUUCACCAUCUCCGCCUUCCUCUUCCCCUCCAUCUGCUUUGGCCUCGCCGGUGUUCCCUGAUGGCUCUGGUCCGAUCACGCCACCAUCAGUAGAAGCAGUGGCCAACAAUGCCUUCACCUUUAGCAGCCAACAUCUGAAUGACCUGCUGCUACCUCUGGCCCUUAGGCUCCAGCAGUUGGAGAAAGCUGCCAAUGCUGGUCCUCAAGAUGCAGUGUGACGCCUGUGGCUUGGUGAUCCCAGAAGUUAACUGCAAUAAGCUUUAACUGUGACUGUACUGUGCCAAAUUCAUAUUUAACUUGUUUUUAUUAGUUACUGUGUACAGUGUCUCUUUGCAACUUAUUUUUAACUGCUUUUUGAGACUAAUUCUCAAGCAUUUGUUUUUAUUUUCUUAAUUCAAGUCUGUCUUGUACUUCAGAGGCCACUUAUUUUUGACAGACUGAACGAAACCCCUUAAAUGUAAAUUGAGACUUUAUUUUACUGUUGUGUAUAUAUGAAGGACUGACUAUGAAUGUUUCUAACCUAAUGAUUUUUUAAACUAAAUGACCUAAAUUAUUUUAGAAACAUCAGCAACCUUGGCUCUCAAUAAAACUUCCUAAAAGGA